GCUGCUGCGCGGCGCCGGGCGGGCUCGGGGCGCGCUCAGGGCGCGCGGGCCGGGGCCGAGGGCCCGGGGCGCCGAGAUGGAGCCGCUGGCGCCCAUGCGACUCUACACACUCUCCAAGCGCCACUUUGUCCUCGUGUUUGUUGUCUUCUUCAUCUGUUUUGGCCUGACCGUCUUUGUCGGGAUUAGAGGACCCAAAGUGAUCCAGACUUCUGCCGCUAAUUUUUCACUAAAUAACAGCAAAAAGCUAAAGCCAAUUGAAAUACUUUCAAAUCCACUGAAUACGUAUAAUCAGCAGCUCUGGCUGACGUGCGUUGUUGAGUUGGAUCAAUCAAAAGAAACUUCUAUUCAGACAAGCUUUCCCAUGACUGUUAAAGUCGAUGGUGUAGCUCAAGAUGGAACCACAAAGUACAUUCAUAACAAAGUUCACAAUCGGACGAGGACCCUCACAUGUGCAGGGAAAUGUGAAGAAAUUAUUGUGGCUCACCUUGGCUACUUGAAUUACACUCGGUACACAGUGAUUGUGGGAUUUGAACAUCUGAAGCUACCUGAAGCUAUCAAGGAAAUGAACUUCACAUGGAAGACUUACGACCCCGCAUUUUCCAAGCUGGAAAUUUGGUUUCGAUUUGUCUUCGUGGUGCUCACCUUCAUCGUCACCUGCCUGUUCGCACAUUCCCUGCGGAAGUUCUCCAUGCGGGACUGGGGAAUUGAGCAGAAGUGGAUGUCUAUUCUUUUGCCUCUGCUGCUACUGUACAACGAUCCGUUCUUCCCCCUGUCCUUUCUGGUGAACAGCUGGCUCCCAGGGAUGCUGGACGACCUCUUCCAGUCAGUGUUCCUGUGCGCCCUGCUGCUCUUCUGGCUGUGUGUGUACCACGGGAUCCGUGUUCAGGGAGAAAGAAAAUGUUUAACUUUCUAUUUGCCUAAAUUCUUCAUUGUUGGACUGUUGUGGCUGGCUUCUGUCACACUAGGAAUAUGGCAAACAGUUAAUGAAUUACACGAUCCAAUGUACCAAUACCGAGUUGACACUGGAAAUUUUCAGGGAAUGAAGAUCUUCUUCAUGGUGGUGGCAGCUGUGUAUAUUUUAUACCUUUUGUUCUUGAUAGUCCGGGCGUGUUCUGAGCUACGUCACAUGCCUUAUGUGGAUCUCAGGUUAAAAUUUUUGACUGCGUUGACUUUUGUAGUGCUUGUCAUUAGCAUUGUCAUCCUCUAUUUAAGAUUUGGAGCACAAGUAUUGCAAGACAAUUUCGUAGCAGAACUGUCAACGCACUACCAGAAUUCAGCCGAGUUCUUAUCUUUCUACGGCUUGUUGAACUUCUAUCUCUACACCUUGGCCUUUGUGUAUUCUCCGUCGAAGAAUGCUCUGUAUGAGUCCCAGCUGAAAGACAAUCCUGCAUUUUCUAUGCUGAACGACUCUGAUGAUGAUGUGAUUUAUGGGAGUGACUAUGAAGAAAUGCCACUGCAGAACGGCCAAGCCAUUCGGGCCAAGUACAAGGAGGAGUCCGACAGCGACUGAGCUCCUGGCGGGCGGCACGGCGCCUGGACCUCUUCCUUUGGUGACCAUUUCCUGACCUUCCCCAGACCUGCUUCUAUUCAGACUUUCCUUAUGAGCAAAGAUUUCCUGGUCCUUAUUUGUUUACAUGUUUUCAAAAGGAAAACCAAAACUGAGGGCAAAUUUAAAUGUUGGGCCAAAUUUAUUGUCAGGCUGGCUACAUUUAUUUGGGAAGAAAGGUUUGGAUAAAGAGUUUAAACAGCCAAAUGCUUUUUAAAAGACUUCAGCUGAGAGAGAGCAUGUUUUCAGUGGUGAGGAGGAAAUUACCCUUGUUUUCAGUAGAGUGAAUUAUGUACUUUCUUUUCUUUUUUUUAAAUCCUUCACUAAUUCCAAGUUCAUGGGCAGCCCCUGUGACUAGCUCCACAGCAAGUGGCAUCACUCUUCUUUCUUCCUUUCUCCUCUUCCCCAUGGUAUUGGGUUUUUUUGACCGUUUAAACUCAAAACUCAAAGGGAAGCCUGUUUCUGUGGCUGCCUCGAGGGAAAGGCCUUCCUUGUUGCGUGGCGUCUGAAAGGAUCGGCAGCUUGCGGUGCAGCGUGUACGUUGUGACUUCUCCGGGGGAUGGUGGGUGGUUGGGUUCCGGCCCUUCACUGUCACCAGAGCAGAAGUAAUAGUGUUGUGGAGCUCUGAGGAGGGUUUGGUAAGUUGAAUAGGGAAAGGCUACGAUAAUUAACAAGCUACCAGCUCCCGUGAGGAAGGUUUUAUUGCCAUAGUGUUUUGCAGGGGCCUGUGUGUGCCGUGCGCGUACAUACAUGACUGUGUGGCUGUGAGAGGAUUUCCCUGGGGUUGGGGUGGGCAGGAGGGGAGCCAUUACCAUGCCAAUAAAUAGCAGUUUCUGCAACUCUUGAAUAUGAAACCCCAUAGAGCUUUAUUUUUUUUAAUAAAAGGUAAAUGAAUGAUUUAUAUAAUAUUAUAGAUUCUUUAUUGCCAGAAAGUUUUUUAACUUUACUUUUGGAAACUAGAUGAAAAGAAAGUAAAACAUCUUAAAUGGCUUAUGGAAAAACAUCUCUGGGUAGAAGGUAACUUGCUUGGAAACCAUUUCCUGUCCUCCAUGAACCACAUGGGAGUGAGGUAAGCUGCAUUGCUCUGUGGAAGAGUCUUUGGCACGGCUGAAUCUGGGCAUCAUACACGGCCCUGGAGGGUUUGCAAUUCCUUUUAGUCAGGGACUCAACAUAGAAGUCUGGUGUAGAUGUCUCCUUUGCUUUCCCCUUGACAUGCAUAGUAACGUCUGUCACUAUUAGCGUAUGUAAUUAUUGCCAACCUGACUGAUGCCAUCGUGGCCAACAGAGGUCCACAAGAGAACUGUUGCGCUCUGCAAGCAGUACCUACAUCUCUUCAUCUAUGCAUUGACUCUCAGAUGACCAUUCAGAGCUACAAAUUACUGUCCACUUAGGUAGUGCUGGGACCUUAGAGGUGUUCACGAGAGACUAUUCAUUAUGGCUUCGUAUCCUUCUUUUUAAUUUAAACUUUAAUGAUAAUGUACCUUUAAUAUGGAUUCUAUUCACAUUUGUUUUUAAAAGCCUUGUAAAUAGGAAUGUUUGGAUUAAAACAACUAUUAUUGCAAGAAUAAUUCAAGGUUUACAUGAUUUUUACAUUUGCAAUGAAUAUGUGAUGACUUUUUUUGAUUCUGUGUACUCAGAGGUAUUGAAAAAAUUUUCUGUUACCAAAUUUUACAACUUCUAAUACUACUAUAAUUUUUUAUAAACUGAUGAAGUCUUGUACUGAUUAACAUAUUCUAAUAUGUGAUAUAGUGUAUAAGUUUUAAUCAUUAUAAAGUAAUUGUUCAUGAUUUGGAAUGCUGUUAUUUAUCAGUACAUGUAAAAUAGUUGAGGCAUUUAGCCAUACACACAAUGGAACUGUUUAGAACUUGUCUUUGUCCUAUAGUGUAAAUAUAAACCGAUGACUAGUAUCUUCAUACAUUAAUUCUUCAUGACCUCAAUGAAAUGAAAAAUGUGGGAUUAUUUAUUUACUUUUCGUAACUAAGUUGGAAACAAAAAAAGUACCACAAAAGUACUUAAAAGAGGAAAAUGGUUCUUUAUUAAAUCAUGAAUUUUCAAUUUCUCUUCCCUGGUGUAUCAUAAAUGUCAACAUAUUAUUAAUACAUACUCCAUAUAAAACUUUGGUUAGAGUACGUAGCAUUUAGCAUGCAGAAUAUGUGCCAUAGGUGUUAGGUUAAAACACAAAAGUCUGCCAGAAACUUUUGACAUUAGCAAGAGAAUUGUUUUUCUUAAGGGAUUAAAGUUUUGCAAACUUAAAUUAUAAAUUCAAAGGGCUGACUUUAGUUCUUUCAUGGUAAUGGCUUGAAUAACAUCAUCUUUGGGAUAUUCUUUAUACUGGUCCAGUCUAGGGCAACCUGGAAGAUGACCAGAAAUGUUUCUGUUUCCCUAGGGAGAGCUUCAUUAUCCAUAUGGAUAAUAGGUCCGCUUGAUUUAUUAUUAAAUCAUUAUAGCAGUGAAGUGGUGCCGUUUUCUCUCCCUUAAGCCCCAUUGGAAAGGUGAGAGAAGGGGAUAUAUAUAAAAAUAUAUUCAGAGUUUGUAAAAUUAUUACUGUACAUAAUUAUAGAUGGCGAUAAAAGUUUAGCUACAUUAUGUAAACCCAUCCCACUAAAUGGGCAGGUUACAAAGACAAAUGUCACCAGCUUCAAGUAUUUCAUUAUUUACUGAAGGUAUAGUAUGUUCAAUAGGUUAUAUUAUGUGGUAACUUAUUUCCUGAAUCCUUUUCACGGGAAAACCACAGAUGCUCAUAAAAGGGAUAAUUAAAAGAGAAGUCUCUAUGAACAUUUAGUAAUGACUAGACUUAAAACACUAAAGUGAAUUUGUAUUUUGAGGGUUUUAGAAACCAGUUGCCUUAGAGGUUAGACUUUUAAAAAAAAGACAGAAAUCUUCUUCCCAGGCCAAAGGGAAGUUGCUUUUGUCUGUGACAUCUUGUUAUGCUAUUUUGAUUUGAUGUGUUAGAUAUACUGGUAACUAUACCACCAUACUAUGAAACAGAAGGAUUUUCUGCUACUGAAAACUGCCUUUUUACAAAAAGACUGUACAUAUUUGUAAAAUAAAACACUAAACUUUAAGCUCAGAAGGGAAGGUAGAGCUCUGUAUUUAACUGUGGGACUGUGUCAGUGGAACACAGUGGUGCCUGAGCAGAGUGGUCACUGUAAUCAGUCAGGCAAAAGUGAAUAAAUAUUUACGGCAAACUCACGUUUUGGGAAUGGCUUCAUUCUGACACUACCUUCCUGGUAAAUGUUAAUAAAUUUUUAAUAUUCAGUUCUUA